AUGUCGCCAGCUAGGAAGACAGAAGUGCGAAGCGAAUUGGAAAGUCUCAGUCGAUGUUUGCAAGGCGAGGAACUGGUCAAAGCCCUGAUGGAGCGUGUUCUAGCUACCGAAGAAGAGAAAGCCACUCUGGCUUCGAAAGUGGAAGAAUUGUCCAAGACACAGAAGGAGAUUGGCACUCUGCGGAAGCAUAAUGAUAUUUUAACAAAAAAGAUAGAAACACUGGAAUCUGUACUUAUGAAAACCGAAUUAGCCAAAUCAAAGCUGGAAAAUCUGUGCCGCGAAAUGCAGAAAGCCCAGCGAAAAGCAAAUGAGGAGCACGGGGAGAAAUUACGUGAACUGGAGAAAAAUCGUAAAGACAUGAUCGAGCAAUUCAAGGAAUCCGUAGCUGGAAUUCAGAAAUCGAUGGAAUCCGGGCGUGAAACCUCGGAACGGUUGACAAAUGAUAAUGCUGUACUGUCUGAGAAGCUAAAAAAUUUAGCAGGCGAAUAUGAGGCCAGGGUGGCUGAAUUAUCAAGACAAUUCGCUGAGGUAUGUUUUUGA